AUGCUCUACCAACUCUUCUUUCUUCUUACUAGCCUAACUGGCUGGUUAGCCUUCUUCUUCCAACGCGAAAAGACUCUACACGGCCGCAAUUUAGCUAAGCAAGGCAUCCACAAGGACGCCUUCAUCUUUUUCUAUCUCAAUGGCUUACUCUGGGCCUUUUUCUUAGCUCUACGUCAUUCUAUUACAGGAAGUGCUCGCCUCAUGAUCAUUCAUUUACUACGACGAACAUUUGAGUCAGCCCUCUACUCUUACAACUGCAAGAGCAAAAUGUCCCGAAUUCAUUGGAUUGGAGGUCUUCUCUACUAUCCCCUAAUUGUUGCCCGUUCAUUCAACAACGACCAUCCGCUUCCUUCUUUAUUUGUACUAGCCUCACUCGGCCAAGCCAUCUCUCACUACCUUCUCUUCCGCAAAGGUCGGUUCACCUAUUACACCCACUACCUCUGUGAAUCACUCAUCCACUACUCCAUUGUCCAAGACAUCACCCAUGUCACCUGGAUCACUACCUUCUCUCUCAUCAAUGCCAUCAACCGUACCUUCAAAUAA